AUGACCUCCCAUUCCCAGCCCAUUCCCCCAACAGAGCUCGAAUGGCUACGUGACAAGACGACACUGGUGACCGGCGCCACGUCUGGCUGCGGUUUGGAAUUAGCCAAGAUCCUCGCCCGGUACAGCGCGCGCCUGAUCAUCACCGCGCGCAAUGAAGAGCGGGGCCAGAGCGCGCUCGCCGACAUCCAGGAUGCCCUGGGAACGGACCGUCCCGCCCAGAUCGACGUAUGGCAGCUGGAUAUGGCGUCGUUCGACUCCAUUCGGGAAUUCAUCCAACGGGUUUCGCUUUUGGAGACGCUGGAUUUCGUAGUGUUAAAUGCCGGGGUAUUGUCACCGGAAUUCUCCCGCUCGCCAGCGUCGUGGGAGAUGCACCUCCAGGUCAACUACCUGGGCCAAUGUGCACUCAUUCUCUCGCUCCUGCCGGUUCUCCAGAGCCAGAGCCAGAAGCGUACGACUGCUGCACGCGUGCUCAACGUCACCUCCGAGGCCCAUCUGUGGGAAAGCAUACCGCUCACCUCGACCCCCGCCCAGGCGAUCAGCGAGUUUAACGACGAGACCGCCCUGGGCUUCUAUCAGCGUUACCGUCGGUCGAAGCUGCUCAGCAUGAUGUGGACGCACACUCUGGCAACCGCAUGGAAGGACACCGACUCGGUGGUCAUCGGCACCGCAACACCUGGUCUCUGCCAGACACCCAUCUACCGUCAAAUCACCUCGAGCUGGAUCGCGGACGCGCUGAUUCGCUGGUUUCUCAAGACCUCAGCCCAUGGAGCUUGGGAUUAUGUGCGGGCUCUCAUCGUUCCGGCGUCGGAGUACCACGAUCAAUUCUUUUAUGAAGGGUUCCCAGCUGACCCUGCCGAUAGCGUCCGCUCCGAGGAAUACCGCGCAUGGAGGACCGAUUUGUUCCAACAUACGGUGAAGCUUCUGGAGCGGGAGAUAUCUGUGCCACAGGAAACACGGGCGUGGUUAGCGGCGAUACUUGAGUCGACGCGGGACGCUGAUAUCAAGUAA